AUGAACAAGGACACCCCGGAGAGCGAGUGGCAGAAGGUCCUCAGCAAGGAGGAGUACUACGUCCUCCGCCAGAAGGGCACCGAGCGCCCGGGCACGGGCAAGUUCAACAAGCACUCCGAGCCCGGGACGUACAACUGCAAGGGGUGCGGGACGGCGCUGUACACGUCGGAGAUGAAGUUUGACUCGGGGUGCGGGUGGCCGGCGUUCUGGGACGAGAUCCCGGGCGCCAUCGACCGCCACGAGGACCUCUCGAUGGGCAUGCGGCGCGUGGAGAUCACGUGCAAGAACUGCGGGGGACACCUCGGCCACGUCUUCGAGGGCGAGGGCUUCCCGAACCCCAAGGACGAGCGCCACUGCGUGAACUCGGUGUCGCUGGACUUCGUCCCCAAGUGA